CACGGGGCGGUCCUUGGGGGGGUGACAGCUCGGGGGUCUCCGGGAAAGCUGGUUCUGGGGGUUGAGGGGUCCCCCAGGGGAGGGGGGUGCUGGCGGAGUCCCCAGGGGUGCGGGGUCUGGGAGCCAGGGGUGUCCCUCUGGAUCCUGGCAGUGGGUGACAGCUCGGGAGGAUGGGGCUGCCUCGGGGACGCCGGUCACGGGGGUGAGGGGAUCUCCCAGGGACGCUGCUCCUGGGACCGGUGGAAUGGGGGCACCCCCCAAAGGUGCUGCUCCGGGGGGGUUCCCCUGGGGUGUCUGCUCAGGGGGUCUCCCUUUGCUCCGUGGGAAGGUGGGGACGGGGUCGCAGGGGUGGCGGCCAGGCUCUGGCAGAUCCCUGCGGAUUUGGGGUCUGGGGCAUCCCUCGGGGCUACCGGGGGUCCCGAGCCGGUCCCCAUUCCCUGACCACCCUGUGGCCAGGGCCGUGGCCAGGCCCCUGACCCUGCAUCCCCCGCAGGUGUCGGGCAGCCUCCGGCGGAAGGCGGCGCCGGGCACGGCCCCGUCGGAGCUGCAGGAGCUGCGGAGCCGCACGGAGCGGGCGGAGCGGCGGCUGCUGGCCUGCGAGAACCUGGUCGGGGAGCUGGGCAGCGGCCUGGCCGCCCUGAGCACCCUCCUGCAGGGCUACGGGCAGCUGCAGCAGCGCCUGCUCAACCUGGAGAACAUCCUCAAGAACAGGAACUUCUGGAUCCUGCGCCUGCCCCCCGCCUCCGGCGGAGAGAUCCCCAAGGUGCCGCUCACCUUCGAUGAUAUCUCGGUGUAUUUCAACGAGCUGGAGUGGGAGACGCUGGAGCGCUGGCAGAAGGAUCUGUACAGGGCCGUGAUGAGGGGCAACUAUGAGACCUUGGUGUCCCUGGACUACGCCGUGUCCAAGCCCGAGAUCCUGUCCCAGAUGGAGAGAGAUGAAGAGCUCAGUGACAAAGAGGGUCAGGAGCACCCAUGGGCACAGACUGGGGAUGGUCAGGAGCCCCUCUGGGCAGCAGAAGAGAGGGACGAGGCAGACAAGGCUGCAGGAGAUGGAAGCCCCAUGGGAGCUGCCCCAGAUGGUGCCAAGUCCAAGCCUAACAGCCCAACCUGCAGCGAGAGGGAUGAAGAGCCCAGCAAUGAAAAGGGUCCUGAGCCCUCAUGGACACAGAAUGGGGACAGCCAGAAAACCUCACAGAUACAGAGUGGGGACAGCCAGAAACCCCCAGAGACACAGAUUGGGAACAGCCCGAAAUCCCCACGGACACGGAGUGGGAACAGCCAGAACCCCCCACAGACAGAGACUGGGGACAGCCCAAAAUCCUCAUGGACACGAAGUGGGAACAGCCAGAAAACCCCACAGACACAGAAUGGCGACAGCCAGAACCCCCCACAGACAGAGACUGGGGACAGCCCAAAAUCCUCAUGGACACGAAGUGGGAACAGCCACAAAACCCCACAGAUGCAGACUGGGGACAGCCAGAGCCUCCCACAGACAGAGACUGGGGACAGCCCAAAAUCCUUAUGGACACGAAGUGGGAACAGCCAGAAAACCCCACAAACACAGAAUUUGGACAGCCAGAACCCAUCACAGAUAGAGACUGGGGACAGCCCAAAAUCCUCAUGGACACGAAGUGGGAACAGCCAGAAAACCCCACAGAUGCAGACUGGGGACAGCUGGAACUCCCCACAGACAGAGACUGGGGACAGCUCAAAAUCCUCAUGGACACGAAGUGGGAACAGCCCAGAGUCCCCAAGGACACGGAGUGGGAAUAGCCCAAAGUCUCCAAGGACAGAGAGUGGGAAUAGCCCAAAGUCUUCAAGGACAGAGAGUGGGAAUAGCCCAAAGUCUCCAAGGACAGAGAGUGGGAAUAGCCCAAAGUCUUCAAGGACACAGAGUGGGAACGGCCCAAAGUCCCCAAGGACACAGAGUGGGAACAGCCCAAACCCCCUGCAGACACAGACUGGGAACAGCCCCAAGUCCCCACAGGCACACAGUGGGGACAGCCAGACACUGCCUCAGACACAGACUGGGGACAGUCAGAACCCCCUCCAGACAGGUGUCCCCAACAAUCAGAAGCCCCCACAGACAGCAGGAGAGAUGGAACAGCAGGAAGAGGCUUUGGGAGAGGAUCCCAUGCCCAUGGAAGCUGGCCCAGAGCUCCCAAUCCUGAUGAUGAAUGUGAUGUCCCUGGGGGACCAUCAGCUGGGGACGGUGGCAGAGGAGGACAUGGAGAUGGAGGAGGACCUGGCAGAGCCUGACACUGAGGAAGCCUUAUCCAUGGAAGAUGAAACACCGUGCGAAGGCGCUUCUCCCGAGGACAUCAAGGUGAAGGAAGAGGAGCCUGAGCUGCUGGCAGAGGAAUCCACACCCUCUCCCGGCUCAGAGAUCCAGAAGUGUCCCAAAAACGAGCUGGUGAAAGCCAAGAUGAAGAAGAAGCCAAACCGGUGCGAGGCCAGCAACCUCCUGAUGGGCAACUGCCGGCGCGGGUACGUGCGGGAAUGGUCCCACCCCUGCACGGAGUGCGGGAAGCGCUUCCGCCUCAAGAUCAACCUCAUCAUCCACCAGCGCAGCCACGCCAAGGAGGGGCCCUACGAGUGCCCGGUGUGCGAGAUCGGCUUCAGCACCAAACGGCACCUGGACCUCCACCGCAGCAUCCACAUCAAGGACAGAGCCUUCGGCGCCAAGGUCUGGGGCAACGUGCACCCCGAGCUGCGCGUCCGCCCGCGCCGCGACCUGUGCGGCGCCGGCCACGCCGGGGGGGCCUGGCUGGGCCAGCCCAAGGAGGAGCCAGACAGAGAGGGCCUGUCGGGCUCCGGGGUCGUGCAGCCGCCCAACCCCAGGCAGAAGUGCCCCCACUGCAAGAAGUUCCUGUCCUGCACCACGUCGAUGCGGCGGCACCUGCAGACCCACGCGCGGGACCGGCCCUACUGCUGCAGCUCCUGCAACAAGUGCUUCACCCGCAGCAAUCACCUGCUGCGCCACAAGAAGAUCCACGAGAGGGCUCUGGCCGCGCUCCAGCGGGAGGCCAAGGCCCAGCCCGCCGCUGCUAUCCCGGCAUCCCUGCAGCAGCAAGCUCCCGAGACUCAGAGGAGGCCUUCCGAAGAGAAUGGGAGCCCUGAGGCUGCAAAAGCGAGCCUGCCCAAUGUGCUGCUGUUGGGGACAACGCCACUGGGGCUCCCGGGCAAAGGCUCCCCGCUCCCUGACUGCAUCAGGAAAGCCGUGCAGCCCGUGGUCCAGCUGGGAUCCAGGGCAGUGGCUUCGGAGAUGACAGAGAAAUGACAGAUGGCAGAAGCCAGGACAGAUCUGAGCUGUGCGUGUCCCUGGAAGGAAGCUGCGAGUUUGUUGGGUUUGCAACUGGUGGGACACUGAGAAUGGAAAUCUGCUGUGUUUUAGGAGCUUCCUGGUUGUAGAAAGAAUGGGAAGCUUGGAAACCACAACAGAGAGCAAAUUGCAGAAGUCUCCAGUGAUCCAUAAUGCUUCACCAUUCCACUGACUUGUUCCUGUUGGCUGAUACUUGGAAUUUUCCCAAGCUGACAUUCCUGGGAGAUGACCAGGUGAAUCCUGGUCAAACAGGAGCAGAGGUUUUGCAUUCUUUGAUGUUGGAGCUGAUCCCUUGCAUUCGGAAACACAACUGAAGAGGGCAGGGAGAAGGGGAUGGAGCUGGCAGCAUUCCCGUGCAGCCCUUUGCUCCAUGGAACAAGCGUCCUGACUGAGACACCAGAUGGAGAGUGACAUCUCUGAGACCCCACCGCGUCCUGGCCAUCAUUGCCACCCCCACCCUGGAGAGGAGAUCAGCCAACAGCCCCUCCAGCAGACUGGGAACACUGGAGCUUUGCACUGGAAGAUCCAUAUGACAAACCAAACCCCAAUAUUCUGUGCUGGCAUAUUCCAGGGAUGCCGGCAGGUCCAUGAGGAAGGCCACAGGCACCCUCAGGACCAUCCUGCACGGGUGCAGAGUGAUUUUAGGAAUACUUGACGGGUCAGCCAGCCCCAUGCUGCAGCAGCACCUGGAUCCCCGUGGAUCUGCCUGCACGGAGCAGCCCCUCAGCUCUGGAGGAAACUCCCACUCUCCCAACCGCAGCUUGUCCCCUUUUGCCCAAAAUCCCACCUUAAUGAAUCCUAUGGGAAAACAGUUCUGCAGCUACCUCAGUCAGGGAGAGGGGACCUACCCAGAGGCAGCCAGUGGAAGCCAGGCCUGGCACUGCCCCAGUGUCCCCUGGAGCCACCAGAGCAGUGUCCGUGGCCAGAGCCCCACGUGCCUCCCACGUGCUGGGUGUGCACAGGGAGCACCUCCCGCCCGGAGCCAGCGCCACACGGACACGGUGGAGCAGCUGUUGGGACUCUUGCAUUUUGUUUUUCAGGGUUUUUGUUUCGAGUUGUUCAAUGGAAUUAUUUGAUAUUGUGAGAUCUCUGUCCCUCCUUGAGCAGUGAGCACUGGUAGGCUUUUCCCAUCUUCCAUUCCGAGUCACUCCCAAGGUGUGAUGGUGCUGCUGGGGGAAGCUUUGGGAGCUGGGGGAACACCUGUGCCACAUCCAGGUGAGAUCCUCAGCCACCUCCUGCUCCAUGGGAUGGACAGCAGCGUCUGAGCUGCUCAAUAAGAAUACACACAACAUCCCACUGCUCCUCUGGGCUGGUGUCUCACACUUCCUGCCCCUGGGAUUACAGUGUGGAGCAUUCCCAGCCUGCAGCAGGAGCUGGGAGGGGUGCCACUGGCAGACACAUGACCAUGGAUCUGGCAGUGAGCCAGUGGCUGGUUAUCCCUGUUAUCCCUGCCCAGGUUGAGAUCCCAGUGCUCCCCAGUUGAUCCCAGGGGCAUGGCUGAGCUGGUGUGCUGGUGCUGAAGGCCAGCAGAAGAGCAGGCCAGCAGCCCCAGCCUGGCAUUUCUAAAUCUGCUGUGACUGGGAGCAGUUUCGUGCGACAUUCCCGAUCCCUUUCUCAGGCUGUGGAAUCAAUAAAGUAUUUGUCUCUA